CUGAGAAGCUGGCAGGCUUUAGGUUUCCCGGGGGAGGAGCCGGUCUGCAGCGGGCGGAGCUGAGGGCUGGGGCCGGGCUUAGGCUAAGCGUGGCUGCCCGUGUCCCUCUCGCCUUCACACCCGCGCUGCUGCCGCCAACCUGAGCCAUGGGUUACCCAGCCCUCCUGCUCUCGCUCCUGGUUUUCUUGGCACCCGGGACCUGUAUAGACCCCCGGCGGGUACUAAGGACCCUCAGCAGCCUGCACUUGCCAACCAACCCCGCAUCCCGGUCCUCUGUAGCCAAGAAUUACUCAGUUUUUUAUUUCCAACAGAAGGUUGAUCAUUUUGGAUUCAAUAACAUGAAAACUUUUAAACAGCGGUACCUGCUAGCUGACAAACACUGGGAUAAAGAUGGUGGAUCGAUACUUUUCUACACUGGUAACGAAGGGGACAUUGUUUGGUUUUGUAAUAACACGGGGUUCAUGUGGGAUGUGGCUGAGGAACUGAAAGCUAUGUUAGUGUUUGCUGAACAUCGAUAUUAUGGAGAGUCCCUGCCCUUUGGCAACAACUCAUUCCAGGAUGGCAGACACUUGAAUUUUCUGACAUCAGAACAAGCUCUAGCUGAUUUUGUUGAGUUAAUCAAACAUUUGAAAAGAACAAUCCCAGGAGCUGAAGAUCAGCCUGUCAUUGCAAUAGGGGGCUCUUAUGGUGGUAUGCUUGCAGCCUGGUUCAGGAUGAAAUAUCCUCACAUAGUAGUUGGAGCCCUUGCAGCUUCUGCCCCUAUCUGGCAGUUUGAGGACUUUGUUCCUUGUGAUAUGUUUAUGAAGAUUGUAACUACAGAUUUUAAGAAAAGUGGUUCAAAUUGUUCAGUGACUAUCCUCAGGUCCUGGGAUGCCAUUAACAGACUCUCAAGUACAGGCAGUGGUCUACAAUGGCUUGCUCAAACCCUUCACUUAUGUAGCCCAUUGACAUUCGAGGACAUCCCAAAUUUGAAAGAAUGGAUUAUGGAAACUUGGGUGAAUCUGGCAAUGGUGAACUACCCUUAUGCAUCUAACUUUUUGCAGCCUUUGCCUGCUUGGCCUAUCAAGGUGGUGUGCCAGUAUUUGAUAAAUCCUAGUGUACCGGAUUCAAUGUUGAUACAGAAUAUUUUCCAAGCUCUGAAUGUAUAUUAUAAUUAUUCAGGCCAGGCAAAAUGCCUAAAUAUUUCAGAAACAGCAACUAAGAAUUUGGGAUCCCUGGGUUGGAGCUAUCAGGCUUGCACAGAAAUGGUCAUGCCCUUUUGUACCACUGGUAUUGAUGACAUGUUUGAACCUCACCAAUGGAACUUGAAGAAAUAUUCUGAUGAAUGUUUUAAACAAUGGGGUGUGAGACCAAGGCCCUCCUGGAUCAUUACCAUGUAUGGAGGGAAAAACAUCAAAUCACACUCGAACAUCAUUUUCAGGUGA